GACCUGCCUCUUACGACUCCAUAUGAUCGAUAUCAAUCAUCGCGGCGGUCGACCUGGUCUGCACACAAUCGCGCCGACCACAUCACUUGUCUGCCAUCAUGGAGACCCGUGAAGAUGAUCAGCCAGCUCCCAUCAAGUUUGGGGACUUUGAAGGCUACAGUCGAGAUGGCCUCACCUUGACCACUAUUAAGGAUUCUACACAACAGGAGUCUGACACAGACAAGUCUCCAGAUAUCGACGUUGUCCAUGUUAUGGUGAUUGGUCAAGAUGAUGACCGGCUUAAGCUCGAAACUCUUCUUCUAGAGUCAGUGGCUUCUAGACGAAGAGAAUUUGUUUUCAAGUGCCAUAUAACGAAAUUACUGGCUGGCGAAUUCACGAGCCAAUGUAUUGAUGGCCUUGCCCGACAAUUGCUGCAAAGUCUCGUAUUUUUCCAGCAAGAAACUGAACAGCCAUCAAGAAGAGCGUUGGUGUUUGUUGCCUACGAUUUGGGAGAUUUAAUCGUCAAAAAGGCCAUCUGCAUUGCCAGCGCAAAUGAGCAAGAAUGGCCAGGAAUUUUUACGAGCGCCGCUCAGUUUAUAUUUGCAGGCGGCUUCCAAAGAGCAAAUGACUCCCAAUUGCUCUAUUCCAAAGUAUUCGACUUCCUCAUGUCUCGAAAGAACACCUCAUGGGAACGAGUUUUGACACCUGAAUCAAUCAGUAGUCUUACAAAGUGCACAGUGGAAAUUACUGAAGCUUUCAUCGCUUCCAAAAUCACGCUUCGAAGCCAGGUUAUCAGUCUUUAUGGAAAUGUGGAAGGGCAAGAGGAGAAGAUAUCAUAUAUAUUUGAUCACGGCACCGCGACAAUGGGGGUGCCAAACGAGAUAAUAAUUCGAGAAGAAAAGCAGAAAGACAAAGAGCCGUUUCCGGUUUUGCGCGACAUAGUUUGUUCUAACAUCAAAUCCUGGCUCCCUCACGAGUCUUGGAUACCCUUUCAGCAAUCCCUUUUGGCAGUAACUUCGGCACAUCGUCCCUUGUCAUCAACAUCUCUUGACGAAUCACACCCAGUGUUUAAGAGCGCUGAACAUGAAACAUGGAUGGCAUCUGCUGGUGCACGCAUAUUAUAUGUCUCUGGCGACGACCAUAACGCGGUAACGGAAGCUGCUGAACAGGUAUUCCUCGACUGGAGGCGCAAACAGAGAAAGAGUCGGAAGGAAGGGGUCGUAUUUUUACCCAUCUCAUUUGUUUUCUCUGCCCGUGACCCAACACGCUGCUCAAUGAAGGACAUGAUCAGCUUGCUCUUGGUUUCAUAUCUUUCUGGUAUUGCAAUUGCGACAGGCGACCCAUUGCCUGGAGCCAUAAGAGAUCAGUUGGUGCUUCAACACGCAUGGACGGAGACGGAUCUCUUCAAGCUUUUGGCAAUAUUUUCUCGCGAGUUUAUGGGCUUUAAUUUGGUCCUUCUGCUCCAGGAUAUCGAUGAAUGCGACAAGCACAGUCGAGAUACAUUCUGGGAUGUGCUGAGCGCCUUCGCGACCAGGAGUGAAACGCGAUUCAAGGUAGUGAUUACAUGCAGAAAAUCCCUUGAUCUUCAUGAUGAACUACGCCAUUGGGCAGAUAUCCCGGUAGAUACAUGGAUCGUCCCGGAUAAUAAGGAUGAGUCGAACGAGGAUGCUGCAGAUGAGUACCCUGACGGCCUGGUUUCUACCUUUUGUCCCAGCGGUCACGGCGAGACUGAAAUUAAGCCGAAGCUUGAAGAGUUGAAGCCUAUGAAGAAAGAAAACCGAGACACGGUUCUAAACCUGAUAGGGGAAAUUACUAACUGGCCCCAAGAGCUAUCGACAAAAGCUUUGCACGACUUCUCUUCUCACCUCCAGGCCGUUACCUUGGCUUCUACACCAGCGGAUAUUUUGAGAAAAGCCCUACGAGACGUUGCUGAUCAGGAGGGCCUCAGCUGGAUUUUGAAAUGGCUCUUUAAGGGGCAACGGCCCCUAAGCUACCAUGAACUGGCAAUGAUGCUGUACCACCAUAAACGUGGAGAAGCUCAGAGUUUCCAAGCACCUUCUCCUAUGGAGCUGGACGACUUUCUAUCACAAAUUCGGCUAUGGCUUCGCGGAAUCGCAGAGUCUGUUAGCGGGCAGGUCCAUAUCAAGGAAGAAUUACGGGAUUACCUGCAGAAUGAGUUGAGUAGCAUUUGGGCAGAAUCAACAUCACCUGACGCCAUCACGACAUUUUUACUCAAUUACUUGACUGCACCCAAUAUUCAGCAACGGCUAGAAUCCAUUAACAAAGAGUAUCAGUCUCGAGUUGAGUCUUCUGGUGAAGCCAUUACGCCGCCGCUUGUCUCGGAUGGACAAGACAUUAUAUUCUACGCUAUUCAGGCUCUCCCUCAUCAUAUAUCCGAUAAUCCCGUCGUCUUAAAAAGUAUCAAAGAUGAAUUAUUGGCUAGUGAUGGCAAAUUGGCAACAUGGUCAAAGGCAUACUGGGCUAUGAGCAAUCCAUUCUCCCGUCCCGAAUCUGGAGCGUUAAAUUCGCCAUGCGAAACCCUUCUUGCGCUGGGAGAUCUGAAACCGGAAGCUGUCACCAUUCUCAAGGAGAUGCUCUCAUCUACAACUGUUAGCCGCGAGAAUAAUACCUCACCGAAAUCACCAGAUUUAGAGUCUCUAUCCAAGGCGAUUAGAGAGGCAAACGAGGAUGUGGCAGUGUCUAUCGCAGAGGAGCUGAUUUCUGCAUCCAAAAGACAAGAUCAAGACUACGAACAUGUUGCUACUACAAAAUAUAGCUCAAAAAUACUCUGGCCGUUGUGGUUCCUAUGGAGAGCGGUAUAUCUUAACAUGGUCCGAUUAGUUACGUUGCUUGUAAACGACGGCAUGGACCUAGAUCCAACAGAUGGAGGUCCCGAGUUCUUUCCAUCUCCGCUCUACAUGGCCUCCCGUCUAUGCCACGACCAAAUAAUUGACGUACUUAUAGAGCACGGAGCUAAUCUCCAUGUGAAGAGACUGGACAAAUACAAGCCGGUACAAACUGCUACUUCCAAUGGCAGUAUGCAUGGCGUCAAACUUAUGAUAGCCAAAGAUGCCUCGCUUUUGGAGAGUCAGGAACCGGAAACACCACUCUAUUUCGCGGCCCUCGAGGGUGGCUGGGCCAUGGCAAAGAUGCUAUUGGAUCUUGGAGCCGAUCCAAACUCAGGAUUAGGGGAGAGACCGAACUAUAGAUGGGCUCCUCUUGUCGUUGCAGUAGAGGGGAACCAUCUUAAGACAGUGAAGAUUCUACUCGAAAACAAAGCAGAUCCUAACAUUUGCGGACCAAACAAUCUGGACACUCCACUCUGGUUUGCAGCUAUCAAGGCAGCAAGUGCGGACAUGGUUCGCCUCCUCCUCGAUCACGACGCAGAUCCCAAUCACGAGCUGCUAGAUCCGCCGUUACCUAUAGAAUUGAUAAGAUCGUCGGUAUCUGUCAAGGAUAAGCUUGCUAUAUUCGAAGUUCUCGUCAAAAAUUCGCCCCCAGUUCGGAUCAAUGCAACCGACUCAGAGAAUAUGACACCGCUCCUCUACGCCGCGGAGGCGGGAGAGUUGUCUCUCGUGACAUGGCUUCUAGAGCACGAGGCAGAUGUCAACGCCACAGACAAUCUUGGUCGCAAAUUUGCGUGUAGAGGUAGUCCGCGAGCUGCUGAACUGGAAGCCCCAGCUGAACAACUUGACCACAAGCGGACAGCCGCUUGUCGAAAUCGCAAUAGAGGACUACGAGAUUAUGCGAAUGCUGCUAGAUGCUGGUAUCGACAUGGAGCAGCCAAACUACAACAAUCACACAGUCCUCAACAUCGCCGUUGAUUGGAAGAAGAGGGACGUUGUGAGGCUCUUGGUUGAGAGAAAGGCAAACAUGUACCACUGCGGCAACGGCGGCUGGAAUGCAAUUACGAUUUCAACCUGGAGUACUGCAGACCCCCAGAUUCUGCGGACUUUGGCAGAUGGUGGUGCAAAUCUUGGUGUGGUUCAUCCGGAGACUGGAAACACUCC